CACAAAAUACACCCGUACAAAAUACACCCAAGCAAACUGCACCAGCACAAAAUACACCCGUACAAAAUACACCCAAGCAAACUGAACCAGCGCAAAAUACACCCGUACAAAAUACACCCAAGCAAACUGCACCAGCGCAAAAUACACCCGUACAAAAUACACCAGCGCAAAAUACACCAGCGCAAAAUACACCCGUACAAAAUACACCCAAGCAAAGUUUACCCGUUCAAAACACACCAACACAAGGUGCGCCAGUUCUAAAUACACCAACACAAGGUGCAAAGACUCCAACACAAGGUGCGCCAGUUCCAAAUACACCAACACAAGGUGCAAAGACUCCAACACAAGGUGCGCCAGUUCUAAAUACUCCAACACAAGGUGCAAAGACUCCAACACAAAAUGCAAAGACUCCAAAGACUCCAAUACAAAGUUCAUCGGCUCCAAAGACAUCAGGCGCGCCGGUUCCAAAUACGCCAACACGAGGUGCGUCUGUUCAAAAUACACCAUCACGAGGUGCGCCUGUUCAAAAUAUGCCACCAUCGGUUCGAGGUACGCCGACGCAAAACAAUCCAGUUCAAAAUGCGAAUGGUGAUAAUAUUCCAACACAACCGCCAGAACCAAACACUGCUAAAGCAGCAAGUAAAUCUAGACCUAUGGAUCCACCUCGAACAACAAUAACUCAUGAUGUUUGUAAAAAUAAAAUUAAUUGUACACCUGACCCACCGGGCGCAACGUGCGAAAAAUUUACACUACAACCGCCCCACCAGAUACCGCGGUGUUUUUCGACCGUUGUUACCGACACAAAAGCUGAUGGUAGUGAAGCUACAUAUACCACUUACGUCCCACCAAGCACUGUUGUUUUAUUACAAGUAGUUACAGGCGCCGUAGCGGAUGACUCAAUUGAUGCUUUAGGAAUAAGUGGAUCUAAUAACUUAAGAAAUAGUG